AUCGAUCUCGCGCAGCUGCGUUUCCUAUUGGUGCAGCGCAGUCCCCGCCCCCUGUUGCCCCCCCCAGGGAGGGCGGUAGAUUCGCGCUGUGCGGCCCAGAGCCAGGAAGGAUGCGCCUCGCUCCGGCUCGUGCCGCUGCCACCCGCCUUGGAGCUGCUAUUGUCUGCUAUGAGUCAGCUGGAGUUAAAGAGAAACAAGGUCCUGGAAGCCAGGUUUGUGGCAGAUGAAGAUGUUCUGAAGCACAUUUCUGAUAACGGAGGUGUAAAAGUGCGGAAGGACAGAGCUCAACUUGCGCUCAAUGUAAAGAGAUUUGUGAAGACACUUGAGAACAUUUCUGAUGAUGAUGAGGCCCAGGAGAUCCUGAAAGAGCAGAACUAUGUGGCUGUUUUGGGGGCAUGUGCUGAAGAUUCCUUGAGAAAUGGCCCCAGUGCAGGUGGGGGUGAAAUUUACUCGUUCCAGACUCCAAAACGUUCUGGCAAGAUGGCAGAGCUGGCCUCUGAACUAGCCCAGACGCCUGGGAAGAAUGUAACCUUUGAAUCCUCUCAGUAUCCUGAGAAGCCAGCCAGCACCCCUCAAAGCAGCAAGAAGUACUCUGCUUCGAACAAAGCCCAGCUGAAGAGUAAAAAUAAUGAAUUUGUGUCCACAACACCUUACAGACUCAGGAAGAGAUUGACAGCUCCAAGCUUGCGUUCAGACAGCGAGAGUGACUAUUCUGCUUCAUGCUCGGAGGAGGAGGAGGAAGACAAGGACCACAAAGAAACCAGUGAUGUCAUAUUGGACCAAAAGACCCCAAGUAAAACUAGAGCAGCUCCUGCUUCCAAAAAAACACCAGCUAAGAAACUGAAGGAGGAAAUGACAAGCAACCUGGUGGAAGAAUACUUUGAGGCACACAGUAGUUCCAAAGUUCUAACCUCCGAUCGAACCCUUCAGAAGCUGCAGAAAAGAAAGCUGGAUCAGCAAACGCUGCUUGUCCUCCUGAACAAGGCUCCCCCUGCCUUCACUGCUGAACUGAAGGAACUAAACCAACAGCACGAAUCCUUGUUUUCCAAAUGGAUGCUGCAGUUACACCUGGGGUUCAGUAUUGUGCUUUAUGGACUGGGCUCAAAGAGAGAUCUGUUGGAGAAGUUUCGUACCUCUCUGCUCCGGGAUUCUGUUCACCUUGUUGUCAAUGGCUUCUUCCCCAGCAUCACUGUGAGAUCAAUUCUGAACUCCAUAACAGAGGAGGUGCUGGAUCACGUGGGGACUUUCCGCAGCCCUCUGGAUCAGUUAGACUUGAUCAUGAAAAGAUUUAAAGAAGAUUCUUCCUUGGAGCUCUAUCUCCUCAUCCAUAACCUGGACAGCAAGAUGUUGAGAGGAGACAAAAGCCAGCAAAUUCUUGCACAGUUAGCAUCCCUGCCCAACAUCCACCUCAUCGCCUCCAUCGAUCACAUCAAUGCUCCACUCAUGUGGGAUCAGGCAAAACAAAGCCUCUAUAACUGGCUCUGGUAUGAAACAACCACUUUUAGUCCCUACCUGGAAGAAACUUCCUAUGAGAACUCGCUGUUAGUGCAGCAAUCUGGGUCUCUGGCUCUGAGCUCCCUAACGCAUGUCUUGCACAGCCUCACCCCCAAUGCAAGAGGGAUUUUCAGACUGCUGGCCCAGUAUCAUCUGGAGAACAAGGAUAACCCAUCUUACCCAGGACUAUCUUUCCAAGACUUCUACCAGCGGUGUCGGGAGGCCUUCCUUGUGAACAGUGACCUGACUCUUCGGGCUCAGCUGACAGAAUUCAGGGACCACAAGCUCAUCCGGACCAAGCGGGGAACGGAUGGAGUGGAGUAUUUAUUAAUUCCUGUAGACAACGGGACCUUGACUGAUUUCUUAGAAAAAGAGGAUGAAGACAUGUGAAUCUUCUCAAAUCCCAAACCAUUUACACCAACUGCUAUCAAGGGAUGCUGGAGAGGGGUCUGAACUCGAAUUGCUGUCCCUUUGACCAUGGGCUGCUGGACCACUUAAUGAAAUGUGAUACUUUCCAAGUUUGGUGUUCUAAUUACUUGAGUAGUUCUGGGUAAAGAAUUCCAUAUGCAAGACAUAUCUUACUCUUGAGUUUAGAUUUGUAUUCUUUUAGUCUUCCAGCUCACGUGAUGCCUUCUUCGUAUCUAUGCAGCGACUUCUACAGACUAGGAAAACUAACUCUUCAGUAAGAUUGUGCCUUCUGUUCAUUACCUCUCUGCAGAAGAAGGUUUGGCUGGAGCAGUUCACUUGAGGAAUGCAAUGACUCCAUGCUCAGAGCUUUAGUUUGUACGAGAGUUGUAAUUUUUCACAGCUCAGUGCUUUCCAGUACUCCCUACAUUGGUCAAGCCGAUGGGCUCCUAGCGUGUGAAGUUGCUGAGAUUUUAGAAUGCCAAGUGAUCUACCUUGAAUGGUCAAGUCGGGUGGAGUGGAAUAAAAGUGGAACAUAAAAAACAAGGGGUUGGAAUGUUGUGGGUAACUUAUUAAACCUUCCCUCUCUGCUGAAAUGUUAACAGUAGAAUAGAGGAGCUUUCCCAAAAUCCAGAUCCUUUUAGAAGGGGGAAUCUGUAUUGAAAAUUGUGACUGGGAAGGGCUCUAAAGUGACCUGUAAUGGGAGGGAAGGAAAACCAAUGUGACUUUUUCCUGCUUUAUGUAUGUACAGAAGGCUAUAAAGUUUUUUUUGUUUGUUUUUUUUAAAUCAGGGAUGUCCAAGUUGGCUCUCCUGGAGAACUUUUUGGAGAUCCUGAAUAGAAGAUAAGUUCAACAAAGAUCACUUUUCUUCAUGGUAUUUUUUAGGCAUUUGCACUACAUUAAAAUUUUAUUUUUUAUGUUCCAACAGUCUGCAUAAGAAUAACGUCCAGUCUCAUUUCACCUGCAUGAUUUAUCUGGUCUAGUCUACCAGUUCUCCAGUAUCUAUAGUGCCUUCUAGGAAAACCAGAGACUCGAUCUGAAUUUCUAAUGUAGAAGAAAAAAUGUGGUUAAUAUAGGAGUACUUUGACGCCUUCUCCAUAUAUCAGAAAGAAAGAGGCACAGAUGUAGUUUUUUUUUUCCUUUGCAGGUCACCUUAAGCUCUGCAGUUCUAUCACCUACAUAAAACUAUCUGCCAGUCAGACUUCAGGGACACGUGAACUUAAUGCCUAAUCUUGUGGCAAUCCAUCUUAUAAAUAACUGUUUUGAAUGACAGAAUGUUAAAUAAACUUUUAUUCAUGUUCUCUA